AUGAAGGUCUCUGCCAUCACGGUUCUGGCCCUUAGCGCCAUCGGCGUCACUGCCGCCCCUGCCUCCGAGGAGUACACCAACCUCGCCAAGGACAGCAUCAUCAUCAAGUCUGCUGGGAACUACAAGCGUGACGCUCCCGAGCUCGCCAAGGACAGCAUCAUUAUCAAGUCUGCUGGUAACUACAAGCGUGAUGCUCCCGAGCUUGCUAAGGAUAGCAUUAUCAUCAAGUCUGCUGGCACUUACAAGCGGGACGCUCCCGAGCUUGCCAAGGACAGCAUUAUCAUCAAGUCGGCUGGCAACUACAAGCGAGACGCCCCUGAGCUUGCUAAGGACAGCAUCAUCAUCAAGUCCGCCGGCAACUACAAGAGGGAUGCGCCCGAGCUCGCCAAGGACAGCAUUGUUAUCAAGGCUGCUGGCUUCUACUAA